AUGGUAAGACUCCAGUUCCCAGAGUGCUCCGCCUGUUGGAGAUCUGGAUUCCCGAGUUUCCGCUGCGAGUACAAUCCGGGAUUGACACAUCAUCAGGUCCAGAAUGUGAGCGGCGCAGCCCAGUGCAGGCAGGGAUCUCGGUCAGACACUGAUCCGCUUUCAGUUACACAGGGAAGGACAAGCCUGGAGCGAAAUAUCGCAGACAGCCUGGACCAGGCAGCUGCUUUCCAUCAGAGAUGCCUUAAAAGGACACCCCGUGGCCGGGAGGUGGAGGGAGAGACCUCGCUUUGUCAAAUGGCUUCCGUGGAAUUGGUUUACCUGGGCGAAGGCAACAGUCAACCGUGUGCAUGGAAGGAACUGGAGUGGGGAUUGCACGCGUCGUUCCCGCGCCUGUCCGGUUCAGCACCAGGGACAGCUCCAUACGAGUGCUACAGCUACAAACACGGGCAGCAGCAGCAGCUGCAGCACCCGGCCGGCAAGGACAGCAAGGUGUGCUACUGCGACCAGCAACUUGAAACAUCUUUCACUUAUGUGGACGAAAAUGUCAACUUGCAGCGUGCCAGCCCGACUCUGUCCGACAAAAGCUACACCAUGCAGUCCUACCACGGCUCUUCCGGCGACAUCAGGGCUAUCCCCGACGGGCUGCAGGAACUCUCGACGGAGUCUGAUGAUGACAGCUCGUCCGAGAGCUCGGACACAUCCGUGGACUACGGCUUUAUCAGCGCCCUGCUCUUCCUGUUCAGUGGGAUCACGCUGGUCAUCAUAUCCUACGUGAUCCCCCGCGACGUGACUGUGAACCCAGACAGUGUUUCAGCCCGGGAGAUGGAGAACCUUCAAAAGGAGAGUGCCCGGAUCGGGGCUCACCUGGACCGGUGUGUCAUCGCGGGACUUGGCCUUUUGACCCUGGGGGGAAUCCUCCUCUCCACUUUGUUAAUGAUAUCAAUUUGCAAAGGUGAACUGUAUCGAAGGCAGAGGUUCGCAGCUGUGGGAAGAUCGGGAAAAAUCUAUGGGUCUUUUAGCUUUCGCCUGAAAUCUCCAGGUCCCAACAGUUCCAUCCAGCGGUUUCCAAUGGAUGGAGAGGACACUAUGACCAUUGAUUAA